AUGGAUGAAAUAGUUAAUUUACUAAGUGUAACUUUCCAAGCAAAGUCACAAGAAGAGAUCGAUGGUGCCAAUGAAGCACUUAAUAACUUCGGAAUGAGUCAAGAUUUUAUUAAUAUCCUAUUUUCUAUAAUAUUAAACAAAGAAUUAAGCAUAAGCGUUAGAACAUCAGCAGCAUCAUUUUUAUGCGUAAAAUGCGAUAAAGAACAUGACAAAAUACCACCAGAAUCAAUUGAUUUAAUCAUUUCUCAAUUUCCACAAUUAUUAUUCCAAGUUGAACCUGCUUUAUACAACUAUUUUAGGAAGUUUUCUUAUGUUCUAUCCAAUAAAUUCUAUAUAAACAUGAUCCAAUCAAAUAAUAUUCAUCUUCAGUUUUUAGAUUUUCUUCAGAAUCCUCAUAUUAUGCAACCAGCGUCAAUUCUCUUUAAGUACUUCACUAAAGCAACUCAAGACGAUGCAGAAAAGAAAAACUUUUUAUUGGCUAAUUCUCUUGAAGUUAUCUUUCAAGUUAUUCAGAAUACAAACGACUUAUACUUUAUUGGUAACCUUAUCGAUUCAAUCAGGUAUUUAUUAAACAAUGAAAUUGAAAAUUCAGUUUAUGACACGAUUUCAACAGCUUUUGAUUAUCUUAUUGCACUAUUACAAAACAAGGAAUCUGAAUACUAUUCAAAAUUUGUCGGACACUUUAUUUUCUUUGUUUAUAGAUUUUUAUAUUUCGCUCAAGAGCCAAAUUAUCCUAAUUUCAAGGCCUUGUUCGAAAAGAUUGUACUUACCACACACGAAUUAAAUGACUCUUCCGUAAAUUACAAAUUCAUUCAAUUAUUACAGGUGAAAUCAAGUAUUUGGGAUAGUUUUAUACAAGAAGAAGAAAAUAUUAAAUAUAUUCUCGAGAAUAUUCUCAUUCCUUUGUUUGCUUUAUCAGAAGAAGCUCAAUCAAAAAUAGAAUCUGAUCCAAAUCAGUUUUGUAUCGAAAAUAUAUAUGCAGGAGGUGAUCUAAAAGAUCAAUACAGUAGGGCUUAUUGGUGUAUUACCAUUCUUCACCCACUAAUUUUGCCAUAUAUUAUUCCUUAUGCGCAAACAGCCGUUGAAAAUUACGCAGCUAAUAAAGAUCCAUGCGCUCUUUACUCCGCACUCCACUUCUGCUCAGCGGCAUGGGCGAAAUUGUAUAAAACAAUCGAAUUUUCGGAAAAGGCUAUUGAAUUUCUGAGGGACACGGCGGUUUUAUUGAAUGAAGAUUCACUUUUGCCAAGGUGCGGUUUUAUUUUAUUAUUAGGAUCAAUAGAUGAUUUGAAACCUCUUCCAGCAGGUUUUCCUAUUGAACUAAUUCAUGAAGUAAUUCUCCAAUGCGAUCAAGAUAAUUUGAUUUUACAAUAUUUCUCAUGCUAUUCCCUUAUUAAUUUGCUCGAUUCUAUUGCUCGAGAACCAGGAACAACAGCUGAGUUCGAAGGAAUGGUCGAUUUCGAUACUUCUCAGUUCAUUUCUAUGGUUAUGGCAAUAAGCUCUGAGUUUAAUGAUAUCGCUUUCAUGAGAAUUAUCACAGCAUGUAUCAGAAUGCCAGGAUUUUUGACUGCAAUUAGCCCUGUCGCCACUGAAAUUGUUUUGGAUUACUUCAAUAACGCGAAAGGAAUGCUUUUGAACACUAAAAAAGAGGAUGCUGGUAAAAUGGAGCUAAUCUUUAACCCUGUUAUGAACCUAAUCGAUUCAAUGAAGGCUGUUCCUGAAGCAUUAAAUGAAAUUUUGGCUGUUUCUGCUGCACAGCUCUUUGAGAAUGUUGAUUUCUUUGAUAAUGAUGCUACACUUGAGCCAGCACUAGACUUAUCUUGCCAAAUUAUUGGUCUUUCUUCCAAAUCUUGUCAAGAAUUUUGGUCAUUAGUUCAAGUAAUUGCAAAUAAGCUUGGAGAACAGAAACUAAGUGUAGACCAGAUGAGUAAGUUUUCAAUUAUGCUCAAUAAUCUUGCUGUUUUGGAUCCAGAAUCUGCAUUAUCUCAAAUGGAAUUCUUCCAUCAGCUAUUUCAGAUCAUUUCUGCCAUGAUGAGUCAAAAUGAAUCUUAUGUAGAGUCAUUUUCCAACAUGGCAGCUGCAAUUCUCUUUUUAUCUCCUCAAGAUUCCGAGUUACACCAGGAAAUCAUGUCAAACAUUGCCGGAAUCAUCAACGAAAAAGUUGAUGAAUUAGAAGAUGAUGGCAGUGCCUUUGAUUUCUUCGAAGAAAUGGAAAAUAUAAUUUUCGCAUUUCUUGCUCUUUAUCCUGAAGAAGCCCUAUCACUCCUUGGUGAAGAACUAAUGGAUAUACUCAUGACGUCUUACUCUGGCUGCGCUCCAAGGCCAAUCGAGCCCUUAUAUGUCAUUAAAUGUCUCGGGCCAUUCCUUCAUAAAGAGGACAUAUUUAAGUACUUGGCCAGCGCUGUUCCAGGAUUUUCUCCAGAAAAUAUCACAAAACCAAUUAAUUACAACGACCAUGAUAUUGAAGCCAUGAAAAUCAGUAUAGAAACAGUGCCUUUGAUACCAGAUAGUACAAGAUUACCUGCUGUUGUCGAAUUUUUGAAACAAAUUAUUUCAAUUGACUCAGAAGCAGCUGAAGAAAUGGAAGUUACAGAACUACUUGCUGGACUCCAAAAAGCUACAGACAACGAGCAAUCUGAAGAUACAGAAGAAAAUUGA